AUUAGGGAUUUAAUUGGAAACUGCAGUUUAAGAUAGGUCCUAGUAAAAAUUGACCAUUUGCCCAGAAACUCUCAAUGUUCGCACCCGCAAAAUAGCUGCCUGCUUCACUGACUUCACUCGAGUUUUAUGUGAUAAGCGAAGAUCACCCUUGUAAAACCCUAGCAAGUAGCAGCAACAAAUUACGCGCCCCAGCGCACUCCUCUUCGCUAUUAUCGAGUAACAAUGGCAGGAUCAGCUACAGCAGCCUCCACAGAUGGUAAUGGUGGGGAAGAGGUAUCGUUGAAAGAUAAAGGCAAUGAAUUCUUCAAAGCUGGAAACUAUCUCAAAGCUGCAGCUUUAUAUACUCAGGCCAUCAAGCUUGACCCUUCAAAUCCCACUCUCUAUAGCAAUCGUGCUGCUGCAUUUCUGCAAUUGGUUAAGCUUAACAAAGCGCUUGCUGACGCUGAGAUGACAAUCACAUUGAAUCCGCAAUGGGAAAAGGGAUAUUUCAGGAAAGGGUGUGUAUUAGAAGCCAUGGAACGGUAUGAUGAUGCGUCGGCUGCUUUUCAGACAGCUUUAAAAUACAAUCCACAGAGUUCUGAGGUAUCAAGAAAGAUUAAGAGGAUAUCCCAAUUAGCAAAAGAGAAAAAACGAGCUCAAGAAGUGGAGAGCAUGAGGUCUAAUGUUGACUUGGCAAAGCACUUCGAUAAAUUGAAAUCUGAAAUGUCUGAAAAGAUUGGAUCUGAAGAAUGUUUGAAAGAAAUUUUCUCUUUCCUUGUUGAGACAAUGGAGAUGGCUGUAAAAUCAUGGCAUGAAACUUCUAAAGUUGAUCCUAGAGUCUACUUUCUUCUUGAUAAGGAAAAGACGCAAAGUGAUAAAUAUGCUCCAGCUGUUAAUAUUGAUAAGGCCUUUGAAUCACCCCAUACACACAGCAGCUGUUUCACAUUUCUUAGGCAGUAUGCCGAGGAGUCAUUCUCAAAAGCAGCUUGCUUAGUGGCACCUAAGAGUAUCAUAUCUUAUCCACAGGUUUGGAAAGGUCAGGGAUCAAGGAAGUGGAAGCAUGGGCAACAUGAUGGCUUCUUUGUUCAAUUUGAGUCGCCUUGCUUGCGAAAGUUAUGGUUUAUUUCCAGUACCAACGAGAAGGGGCAAACACUGUGCAGGGAUCCAGAGAUGCUAGACAUUAGUGCACAUGAAGUAUUUCCGCGCUUGUUCAAAGAGAAGCUGCCCAAUUCCUAGUGCAUUUAAUUAUUUUCUUUGGCAUCUUCAACAGAGGACUCAGAAUGCGCACUUUAACAGGAAGUUGCAUGUGAAAAGAAAAAAGACAGUGCCAGUCCAUGUUUUGCCUUGACUUGUAACUGAGCUCCUGGUUAGGUGUUGUAAGCAUUUUAAAGAGGUGCUUUUUAUUCUCCAGUGUGCGUGUAUUCAAUUUUUUUAAGCUGGUUUUUUGGAGUUAAUGCAUUUCUUUCUUUCCGAGUAUUGUAUUGGCAAGUAGGGUUUGACCCUUGUAUUGAAUGGGUUAUUCCCCACCCUGAAUAUUAAAUGAUAGCUUUCAUGUAGCAGAAGCUUACAGCUGCUUGCUGCAAUUUAAUUAAUUGGCUUUUCAUUGUUUGAAA